AUGUUAAAAUUAUUAAGAACAAAUUCUCAAAAAGUUAAGCUAAUUAAACUUUUUAAAUGGACUAAAAUAUAUCAUUUUAAAAAUCCCUUAUUAUAUUAUAUUGAUAAAUAUAAUUUUUAUAUUUGUAAUAAAGAAAUUAUUUCAAACAAAAAAAGUAAUAUUAUAGAUGGUGAUAAAAUAGCACAAUAUGCACAUUUUCAAGAGAAUUUAUGGAAUAAAAUGGUACCAGAAAGGAAUAUUCAAUUAUUUUCACCAACUUCUUUUUUAUUAAUUUUUUCAAUAAUUGGACUACAUUUAUAUAAUAAAAGAAAUAGAAAAUAUAAUGAAAUAUCACUUAAAGAAUUACUUUUAAAUGAUUUAGACGAAUCUACACCACUUGGUAAAGAAAGAUUAAUAAGAGAAGCUAUGUUACAAAAAAUAAAAAAGGGAAUUUAA